AUGUAGUUAAAAACGAAAUCCAUUAAAUAUUUUCUAAUACAAUUGUAAAAACAUAAAAUGUCUCUUCAUUCAUCAUUCGGCUAUGAUAGUCUUCGCUCAGUGAUUUUUGCCAAAGCUAUUAAAAAGUGUGAAUGUACUAUUCAACGUUAAUAUUAUAGAAAUUUAAAAUGAGUAUUAUUCAUCAGAAAGUUGUUCUGAUAUUAAGAGUAGCAUCUCCUCUGAUUCAGAAAAGCAUAUAUAUGACAGGUAUUAUUACAAUUUAUCUUAUUUUUAGAGAAUUUGCUUCAGAGUCUGCUGAAUCAAAAAUUGUCUUCAAUAAUCAACAAUCUCCUCUCUCUUAGUUUAAUACUCAACAAUGAAUAUAAAUAAAUAAACAAAUAUACAAAAAUACAUAAUCAUUCAUU